CUUUAGUUGAGGAAGGUGAAGACCGAGGCUUUCAGGAUCGGAGAUUUCAUCCAAUUUCAUCGCCGUUAAAGCUGAGGGCCGUAGUUCUUUGAGCUUCCUCAGAAUAUCAGAAGCAGGAGAAAGAAGAGUUCAAAAGAAAGACAUGGAAGUGGUACACCCUCUUUCGGCUGACAAUGAUGGAACUGGAAUCAUACAAUCAACUAGAGAUCUUCCACCAGCUCAUUAUACAUUUCAAAUCAAGAAUUUCCCAAAACUGUUAGGGAUGGAGGAGGAAAAAUGUAACUCGGGCGAGUUUGAAGUUGGCGGCUACCAAUGGAGAUUGGUACUUUACCCAAAUGGGAAAAACAAUAGCAAUGUGAACGGUCAUAUCUCUCUAUACUUGGCAAUAGUAGCUACCAAUGACCUUCCACUUGGGUGGGAGGUUAACGUGCACAUAAGAUUCUUUGUGUUUGAUCAAAUCCAAGACAAGUAUAUGAGUAUUCAAGAUGCGAGUGGGAAGGUAAGACGCUUCCAUAAAUUGAAGACCCAAUGGGGAUUCGAUCAAUUGCUUUCCCAUGAUACUCUCAAUGAUUCAUCAAAUGGUUAUCUUGUUGACGACACUUGUGUCUUUGGGGUGGAAGUUUUUGUUAUUAAAUGUAUGGGUAAAGGGGAGAGUUUGUCAAUAAUAAAUGAACCUCAGAGUAACUAUUUCACUUGGAGGAUUGACAACUAUACGGACAUGAAAGCUGAAGUUCAUUACUCUGAGCAUUUCACUGUUGAAGGGCGAAGAUGGAAGUUGAGACUCUAUCCGAAAGGAUAUGGAACAGGAGCAGGCACAUACUUGUCACUUUAUCUCGCCUUAGGUGAUUCAGAAACUCUUCCUCCCAACAAAAAAUUGUGUGCAAAAUACAAGCUGCGAAUAAGGGACCAAAUCCAUGGCAAUCACCAUGAAGAGACAGUUGACCACUGGUUCUCUGAUCCUCGCAUCGGUAAUGGUCUCCACGAGUUUUUGUCAUUGAGAGAUCUCAAGGACGCAUCAAAGGGCUACUUGGUGCGUGAUGGUUUGUUCAUUGAAUGUAAAAUUUAUGCCAUAUCCAUUCCUUUUUAA